CGCUCCCGCUACUCGCAGAAGUUGGAGGUGCCGGGGUCCCCAGGAAGCGCCCAGCCAUGUCGUCUGGCAGACAGGACGGCGCCCCGCGCGCGGCCGCUGCGCUCUGUAGCCUGUACCACGAGGCCGGCCAGCAGCUGCAGCGCCUGCAGGAUCAGCUGGCGGCGCGCGACGCCCUUAUCGCCAGCCUGCGCACCCGCCUAGCGGCUCUGCAAGGGGACACGGCGCCGUCGCUCGUGGACGCGCUUCUGGAUCAGGUGGAGCGCUUCCGUGAGCAGCUACGGCGGCAGCAGGAAGGAACCACUGAGACCCAGCUGCGCCAGGAAGUUGAGAGACUUACUGAGCGACUAGAAGAGAAAGAGAGGGAGAUGCAGCAGCUGAUGAGCCAGCCUCAGCAUGAGCGAGAGAAGGAACAAGCCAGGGCGGCCAGUGACAUUCUGUGCCGCUCCUUGAUGGAUGAGACUCACCAACUGCGCAGAACACUGGCUGCCACUGCCCACAUGUGCCAACAUCUGGCCAAAUGUCUGGAUGAACGACAGCAUGCACAGGGAGAUGUUGGGGAGAGAAGCCCCGAUGAGCUAGGGAAUACAAGCAGGAAUGCUUCUGACAAGAGUAUUAUUGAGAAGUUACAGGAAGAAAAUCAACUAUUAAAACAAAAGGUGACUCAUGUAGAAGACCUCAAUGCUAAGUGGCAGCGUUACGAUGCCAGUAGGGAUGAAUAUGUGAAGGGGUUACAUGCACAGCUAAAGCGGCGACAGGUCCCUCAUGAGCCGGAGCUGAUGAAGAAGGAGAUUUCCAGGCUUAACAGACAGUUGGAGGAGAAAAUAAAUGACUGUGCCGAAGCGAAACAGGAGCUGGCAACUGUGAAGAUGGCCCGGGACACUGCACUGGAGCGAGUGCAGAUGCUAGAGCAGCAGAUUCUUGCUUACAAGGAUGACUUCAAAUCAGAAAGGGCAGAUCGGGAACGAGCUCAUAGUAGGAUUCAAGAACUGGAGGAAAAGGUCAUGUCCUUGAUGUCCCAAGCAUCCCAGAGACAGCAGGACUUCCGGGAGCCAGGACCCUGUUGGAUUUAUUCGGGGAAUAAAACUGCCAAGUACUUAGAGAUGGAUGCACUGGAGUGUGUGGCACCUGGUGGCUGGAGGCCUGGGCCUGGGUCCCAACAGAUGGAACUUUCUGCAGAGGGUGGGCAUGUUUACACUGCCCAUAGAGGUCAGGGUGACCUUCAGUGCCCUCAUUGUCUGCGGUGCUUCAGCGAUGAACAAGGCGAGGCAUUCCUCAGGCACCUGUCUGAGUGCUGCCAAUGAGCCAGAGCCACCACACCCAGUGUGGCCCCUGGCCAGCGUAGGUAUGCUAAGGGAUUGGGUAGGUGUCUUCAGACUCAGUCCUCAUUGGCAGAGCAGAAGGAAGAGAAGCUAUCAGUUUUCUCUCAUGUGGAGUUUGUAUCCCAGUUGUCAGUUCAAAGCUACAAACUAUCUGGUGUGCUGGUAUCCAGAGGCCUGCUUGCACUUAAGAGUUAUGUCCUUUCCAAAGUGGGAGGUCCGUCCUGUUGUACAGUGAGGUGUCUCACUCCCAGACUGGUCUGUACUGCAUUAGUUGUCAGUACACUAGGGCCUUCCCAGACAUAAUAGUCACAUAGAUGCACCCAGUACUAUUACCUUGCAACAACAACAAAGCACCUUUAUUUCCUAAUCGUUUAUUUUUUAUAAUAAGUGGACUUAUUUGCUAGGCAGUGGUGGCACACAUCCCAGCACUUGGGAGACAGAGGUAGGCGGAUCUCUAUUAGUUCAAGGCCAGCCUGGGGUACAAAGUGAGUUCUAGGACAGGCUCUAAAGCUACACAGAGAAACCCUAUCUCAAAAAACCAAAAUAAAAUAUAACAAAUGGA